UUCCUGAAUGUCACCUGUUUCUUUUGUUGUGAGUGUACAGGAGUAUGAGCGCGUCGUUAGCGGUGCAGAGGUUAGCGGCCCUGAGCGGGGCUCUGGCGGUCAGUGCCUGCGCUCAUGGGGCACAUGUGUUUAAAGAGAGUAGCAAGGAUGACUACCAGAGAGAGCUCUACCGCACAGCCACUACCUAUCAUUUCUACCACAGUUUGGCUCUUUUAGGAGCCUCUCAAUGCAGGAAGCCUGCUCUGGCUGGAGCAAUUCUCCUGACAGGCAUGGGCUGCUUCUGUGGUCCUCUCUACCACCAGGCAUUAACGGGUGAUCCCUCCUUAAGCAAGCUGGCACCUAUCGGGGGUGUGCUUUUCAUUGUCGGCUGGCUUGCCAUGGCUGUCUGAGCAUUGACCUUCCAAUUCUUUUCAACACAGCCUCCUGACUGUUGACAAUUGCUUUCUGACUGACUUUGCAGGGAGUGCUGGUGAUAUGGAGGGGAGGGUGGAGUUGUUUAGUCACAUCUUGAAGAUCAUGAUAAAGCUUGUGGAUCACAUUUGUACUUUUACAAAAAAAUAAUUUAAAAAAUCAUACUGGAAAAAAAUAAAUAAAUUGAAUUAUGACCAAAUGGUGAGUAGUGGAUAGCUACAUUCAUAUUACAUAGUGGCCCAAAUCAAAUUUAUGUAUUUAUUUUUGGACUGAGAUGUAGACUUUUAUUCAGAGCUGCAAAUCUAAUCUUGUCAAUCCAAUUUGAGCCACUUUCAUUUGUAGUCCUGUAGCUGUUACAUAUCCAGGACAUGGCCACACACCCAGAAGUCCUGUUUUUUAAUUUUAUAUUUAUUAAUUCACACUAUUUUACCACACCAACAGGCCUUGCUUUAAAAAAAAACAACAACUGAUGAUUACCAAUAAUAAUGGCAAAAAAGCAAAACCUUUCUAUGCCUUAUACCUUCAUACUCUAAUCAUGGACAGUAAAUAAAAUUCCUGUUAACCACCAACAUGCAUAUUAUUUAUGAUGCUUUAAGACUUGUGCUUAAAUGUUCCUUUCCAUUUAAAGUCUUUUUGUUUAUUUGUUUGUUACAUUAUACAUUUCAUGGAAUGUGACCUUGGUUUCAGAAAUGUUUUGUUUACAAAUGUAAACCUUCAUAAAUCAUAUCUGAACAAUAA